UCAACAUUUCACGAACACAACUGUCUGUCAAAAAUAGGUGACAUGCCCACAAACAGCCGAUUGUUGGCACGCGGCGCGGCGACAGGCGGCCGUCACCGCGUAGUGUGGCUUCACCGUAACUCCUUAGAGCCUCUUGAACACCUCGAGUAACUGUUAAGAGCUUCAGGCAGAAAGGCAAUGCCUGCCUGAGUACCCGGCCCGAGUAACUUUCUGGACAACUUCAUUCAAAGAUGGUUCGAUAUUAACUGCUUCUCCGAAACUGCUGGACGGUUACUACAUUUUUACUUUUUCGACAGCGUAUUCUCAUGAACAUGUGGAGACCACAAAUAUUUCAGUGUGGACUUCUUCUGCUUGUCUUCGUUGAGACAUAUCGAGAUGACGCCUGCGCUGAUCGUGAUCUGCCUGCCAGUCUGAAGCCUUCCUCUGAGCAGUGUGCAGUUUGCUUGGAAGAGGGCUGCAAAACGGGUGUGAGUAGAAUCAUACUGGCUAAAUGUGACAAGACUUUAUGGCAGAAAAAAAAAAAAAUCCCAGAAUGCUCUGUGGGAAACCUAAAGCCAGAUGCGCCCUGUAUGAUGAGUAAUGGAAGCCUUGUCCUACGGACUGAGCAGCCCCUUCAUUUCGAAGAUACGGAUGUCGGGAGGACAUUCCGCAUGGACAACAUGCCUUGCGCUGAUCUUGAUCUGCCUCCCAGUCUCAACCUGUCUGUUGGAGCACCGGACUUGAACCAGAUUAAUGCUACCACCAACUCCACGACCACGCCUGCAUCCGCCUGGCCACCCUGGAAAAUUGCUAUAACUGUGUGUGGUUCAGUAGUUGCUGUCAUUGGUGUCAUUGCCAUCGUUAUUUAUCGAAGACGGCAUAAGAGGCGUCGGGAAGGACAGGAUGGGGAGCGUCCCCCUGACAAUAACGUGGAGAUGGAUCUUCUUAAUAGAGACGAUGAACACAGUUGAACGUUCCUACCGUAGUUCACAUAUUUUGCGGUUAGCCAGUACACUUAUUACUUGAAAUAACUAACGAAGACCUCCCUGAUUUUAAGUACUAAUUCUAAGUACUUUUAGUGGCCAGCUCAUCUGAAUACUUGAUCUUUUCGGAGGAAUUAUUCUCGGCAACACCCCUGUACGAACCUGUCAGUCACUGUCCGUCUUCUGCUGUGGUCUGAAGAUACAUCUGUUCAGACAGUACCUGGGCUAACUGUCACCACUCUGCAGGGCACUAACAACCUAGGAUCAUUCUUAGCACUUGUACUUCUGCUUCGUUCCUAUGGCACAUUGCACAUGUACCUCCUGUGUCACUGUCAUGUUGCAUCUACCUCUAUCCAGCACUUAUAUUAUGCUUGUGUCAUGAUCUUGAUGUUGUAGCUUGUUGUCAUGCCUCCUAGUUUGACUUAACACAACUCUCUGGCCUAGCCUAUGAGCUGAGGGGAGAUAGAAGGUUUUUUUUCCCUAAAUCUAGCUCUCUCUUUCUUGUUUCUGCAAACCUGCGUACUGCACCUUUAAAUUAUGCUGAGAGUGACCUGCUGAACUGCCGCAAUUGUUUCUGUCUAUUUCCCGUCUUACAGGUCGGUUUUGUGCACAAACACACUUUAUGAAUGUGAAUUGUAAUGCUGUGAACUGAAUACUGUGUCAAUGAUGCCUAACAGUGCCUUCCUUUGACUUUAUUUGGGCCACCCACCCAAAUCGAUUUCCCCCCACCCAAAAAGAUUUUUAGCUGCGACCGCAGCUCAAUAGCGCUCUGUCGGUCGGUCGCUUGGUCCACGAAAGUGUCCCAACCCGUAGCGGCCACAGUUUUCGCCCCAGGAGGCUGAAAUUUGGCAUGGACGUUGGUCAUGACCAAAGGUAGAGCUGAGUA